ACGGGUCGAAAAGUCUGCCUGCGACCAGACUUCAGUUAGGAAGGUAUAAUGUAGCAUGAUUUAUUAACGUUUAUUAACUGAUGCCAAGGUGAAAUUUUUGCGAGAAAAUAUUUGUAUAGUCAUCAGAGAGUGAACAGAAUGACGAUACACUGAAAUGGUGGACCACAGCUCUAUGGAGAGACUGCUGCCAAAUACAACUGUACUGAGGAAGAGACCGUUAGCUCCAAACCAACUACAGUACUAAAAGAAAGUCUUGGAGAAAUGUCAGAAAAAAGUGAGAGCGAUGCUGUCAGUGACCAGGUCCAGCCGGCCGGUAAGACUGUGCUGGUCACUGGAGGAGCUGGAUUCAUUGGGUCACAUCUGAUCUCACUUUUGGCUGCAAGAUAUCCUCUGUGGAGAAUCAUUAAUGUUGAUUCGCUGAACUACUGCUCCAGUUUGAAGAAUCUCAUUUAUCUUGAGAACACAAGCACUUACAAAUUCAUUCAGGGGGAUGUGUGUGACCAAUACUUCAUUGAUCAUAUCUUUUCUACUGAAAAUAUAGACAUUGUCUUUCAUUGUGCUGCUCAAUCACACGUUGACAAUUCCUUCCUGUACCCAUCCCAGUUCAUGCAUGUGAAUACAGCUGGCACAGCUGUACUACUCCAAGCAGCUUGUAAAUUUAAAGUUGAAAAGUUCAUCUAUAUGAGCACCGAUGAGGUGUAUGGAGACAGUGUGGAUAAAUAUUUUGAUGAGUCAAGCCCAAAACUGCCAACCAAUCCUUAUUCAAAAUCCAAAGCUGCUGCUGAAAACACUGUGAUGUCAUUCUGGAGAAAUCACAAGCUCCCUGUAGUAAUUGCACGGAGCAGUAAUAUAUAUGGGCCACGGCAGUAUUAUGAAAAGGUCAUUCCAAGGUUUAUAUUCCUCUUACAACAGGACCAAAAAUGCACUAUUCAGGGGACAGGCCUUCAGUCCCGUCACUUUCUCUAUGUAGAUGAUGUGACAGAGGCACUCUUGAUGCUCAUGAAGAGGGGCAUCAUGGGAGAGAUUUACAAUGUUGCAGCCAGUUUUGAAAUUGCGAUCAUACAGCUGGCCAGAGAACUGGUGAAGAUGGUGAAAAAUGCUUCUGAUGACGAGUUGGAUGACUGGCUGCUAUUUGUUGAUGACAGACCUGUCAGUGACCUGAGGUACCCCAUGAUCUCAGACAAGAUGCACAGACUUGGAUGGAAGCCAAAGGUCCCAUGGGAAGAAGGCAUUAGAAGGACAAUUAAAUGGUAUGACGAGAACAAAAGCUACUGGCCAGUGGUCACUGAAAAAGAGCUUCAUGGAUGUUAAAUGAUGGAAUUUUCUUAUUUCAAAAUGCAAAGACCAAUCGUCAAAAAUGAUUGACUGUGUGAGUUUACUAAAAAGCAAAUUUUGGUAUGUGAACUAUGCAAGUUUUAAUUAUAUUUUUUAAAAAUUAAAAUCACAAUUAAAAUAUCGUUGUGUUUUUAUAUAUACACUAAAAUGCCACUUUUCUGGGAAGGUUUUCCACUAGAUAUUGGAGCAUUUCCACAACAAGUAUUUAUACAGUAAUAAAAUUCAAAACAAUCAAACGUUAAUGAGUUUCUGAAGUAUUGAAAUUUUCAGCAUGAUGUCCACACAUGCAUUGCAUAUACUGAGAUUGCUUUUCCCAUGUGAAUCGUCACAACAGUACUUUUAUUGUAAUUGAUGUAUUUCCACAUCACACUCUUUUAAUUUUUAUGCUUUAAUUGUUUAUUUAAUUUAUUCUGUGACCCAUCUGGUCUUGUACUGUAAAGUUACAAUGAUACUUGAUUCUUAAUUUGUAUAUUUCUUACUACCUUAAUUAAAAAAUACUGAUAAGGCUGA